UGUUUUUCGUCUUCCUCUUCCUCUCAGCUCUAAUCAUCUCUCUCUCUCUCUCUCUCGGAGACAUUAACGUCACGGACACGCAAUGGUGAGAAAAUGCAGAAAAGCUAAAGAGACGGUCGGAGCUUCGUCUACAUAUAUGCAGCUUCGCAGCCGGAGAAUCUUUUACCGAUCGGAAAAGGAGAGCUCAUCGUCUUCUUACUGCGCAAGUAACAACAAUGGAGUCAUAGAUCUGAAGUUGUUACAGGAGGAAAGAGAUGGUGAGACCGAAACGUCGUCGUGUCGACGGACUAGUAGUAAGAGGAAGCUAUUUGAAAGCCUUACAGAGAAAGAGUCGAGCAAAUCUAUGGAGAAUUCACAGCAAACCGUAGCUGGUUUCGAUUCCGCCGUGAAAGAAUCAUCGGAUUGUUGUUGCAGCCGGAGAACAUCUUUGUCGACGACGACGGAGGAGAAGGUGAAAUCAACGACGGAGCAACCACCAACGGCUGAGGAGAUUGAAGAGUUUUUCGUGGUGGCUGAGAAACAGGUCCAUGAUAAAUUCAAGAAGAAGUAUAACUUUGAUUUCGAGAAGGAGAAGCCAUUAGAAGGACGCUACGAGUGGGUUAAAUUAUCAGAGUAAUGAAGGAAAUGAAGAUGGUGAUGAAGCAUACGUUUAUUAACUUUUAGUGUCUAAUUUUCAGAGAAUAAUUCCAAUUUUAUUAUUUGUUUCUAAAAUAGAAGCUUUUGUGAGGAAAGACUUGUAGCAGAAUGUUUGAAAGUACGAAUCUGCACAGAAAGAACGGUUUUUUUGGGGGUGUUUCAGAACAGAUUUUGUUUUCUGCAAAAGUGGAAAAGAUAAACCCAGAAAAGUCGUGUCUUUUUGCUUAUCUCUUUCUCUUCUUCUUCUCCUCUCAUGUUGUACAGUUUUGUUUUGUUUUGUGGACAAUUUAUUUCUGCAUCCCCACUCAUUUUUUUGUCCUCUAAUUAUUAUGAUCUUUUCGAAAA